UCGUGGUUUCCUGACUGCGCGCGGCGGUGUCGGAGUCGCCGCAGCUGUAGCAGCCGCCGCGAAGAUGGCGGAGGGGUUGGAGCGUGUUCGGAUCUCCGCGUCGGAACUGCGAGGGAUCCUGGCCACUCUGGCUCCGCAGGCCGGGAGCAGAGAAAACAUGAAGGAACUAAAGGAACCGAGACAGCGCAAAGAUAAUAGGCGCCCAGAUUUGGAAAUCUAUAAGCCUGGACUUUCUCGACUAAGGAACAGACCUAAAACUAAGGAGGCUUCUGGGAAUGAGGAAUUUAAGGAUGAGGUUGUGAAUGACAGAGAUUCUUCUGCUGUUGGGAAUGAUACACAGCUUAUUAAAGUUUGCAAGGAAUUGGACAGCCAACAGCAAAAUGGCCCUAUAGAUGCAGAAAAUAGUCAGGCACAGGAGACUUUCUCAAAGACUGUUGGACUAGAGGACCGAAGUCUAAAAAUCAUCAAGAGAAUCAAGAAACCAGACCUGCAGAUCUACCAGCCUGGAAGGCGAUUGCAAACUGUUACCAAAGAGUCAGCAGGCAGGACAGAUGAAGACGAGCUCCUCAACCAGGUGGAGCAGUUGAGGAUGGAGGAGGAUGAGUGUAAGGGAGACGUUACAAAAGAAGAAGUUAUAAACAAACCGGAUAAAACCGAGAUAGAAAAGGGCCAAAGUAAUGACCGUGUAAGAACUACCAAGGGAGAAAAGGGGAAAAAGAUUGAAAAGGGGGAGGGGUCAAAGAAAGUGACUGAUGACUCUGUCCAAGGAAAGCCUGGCUCUGUAAAGAGGUACUCUCGGUCAGACAAGCGGAGGAACCGCUGCCGCACUUGCAGUACCAGCUCAGCUGGUAGCAACAACAGUGCGGAGGGAGCUGGCCUGACCGAUAAUGGAUGUCGCCGUCGGCGCCAGGAUCGGGCCAAGGAGAGGCCACGACUGAAGAAGCAGGUAUCUAUGUCCUCGACUGAUUCUUUAGAUGAGGACAGAGUUGAUGAGCCUGAUGGAUUAGGGUCCAGGAGGAGCUUAGAAAGGAAGAAGCAUUUAGAAAGAAAUUGGUCUGGCCAUGGUGAGGGUGAACAGAAAAGCAAUGGUAAAGAAAAUCGAGGCACCCUUCGUGUCACUUUUGAUGCAGAAACCAUGAGUAAAGACUCCCCUGUGGUAAGGUCAGCCAAGGAGAAUGUGGAUAGAAUGAGGUCUGACAAAGCAAGCAGUGGGGGUAAGGGCUCUGAGAAGCAGGAGUUCAGAAACCCGAAACAAGAACUCCGAGAUCGGGGUCGUGGUAUUCUGAUUCUGCCUGCCCAUACUGCCCUAUCUGUCAGUUCAUCCGGUUCUCCAGAGUCUACACCUUUGGGACCUCGACUUUUAUUUGGAUCUGGUAGUAAGGGAUCUCGGAGUUGGGGCCGUGGAGGCACGACUCGCCGACUAUGGGAUCCAAACAAUCCUGAUCAGAAGCCUGCUCUGAAAAGCCAGACACCUCAGCUACAUUUUUUGGACACUGAUGAUGAAGUUAGCCCUACAUCUUGGGGUGAUUCACGUCAGGCCCAAGCAUCUUACUAUAAAUUUCAAAACUCUGACAACCCCUAUUAUUACCCUCGGACACCAGGCCCUGCCUCUCAGUAUCCCUAUACAGGCUAUAGCCCUCUGCAAUAUCCAGUGGGCCCUACAAAUGGUAUGUAUCCAGGGCCUUACUACCCAAGCUAUCCUGCCCCCUCAGGACAGUAUGUAUGUAGCCCUCUCCCUGCUAGUACCAUGAGUCCUGAGGAAAUAGAACAGCACGUGCGGAACAUGCAGCAACAGGAGCUCCAUAGGCUUCUCCGAGUGGCUGACAACCAGGAACUGCAGCUCAGCAACCUGCUUUCCCGGGACCGCAUCAGCACUGAGGGCAUGGAGAAGAUGGCUCAGCUCAGAACUGAAUUACUGCAGCUGUACGAGCGCUGUAUUCUCUUAGAUAUUGAAUUCUCUGACAAUCAGAAUGUAGAUCAGAUCCUGUGGAAGAAUGCUUUCUAUCAGGUGAUUGAGAAAUUCAGGCAGCUUCUCAAGGAUCCAAAUAUUGAGAACCCAGAACAGAUUCGGAACAGACUCUUGGAGCUCUUAGAUGAGGGCAGUGACUUCUUUGAUAGUUUGCUUCAGAAACUACAGGUUACUUACAAGUUCAAACUGGAGGACUACAUGGAUGGGCUUGCCAUUCGAAGCAAGCCUUUACGGAAAACAGUGAAAUAUGCCUUGAUCAGUGCUCAGCGAAGUAUGAUUUGCCAAGGAGAUAUCUCUAGGUAUCGGGAGCAAGCCAAUGAUACAGCAAACUAUGGGAAGGCUCGCAGUUGGUAUCUGAAGGCCCAGCACAUUGCUCCCAAGAAUGGGCGCCCCUAUAACCAGUUGGCUUUACUGGCAGUGUAUACGAGGAGGAAGCUUGAUGCUGUAUAUUACUAUAUGCGCAGUUUAGCAGCCAGCAACCCUAUCCUGACUGCCAAGGAGAGUCUCAUGAGUUUAUUUGAAGAGACUAAACGAAAGGCGGAACAGAUGGAAAAGAAGCAGCAUGAGGAAUUUGAUCUGAGCCCUGAUCAGUGGCGUAAAGGAAAGAAGUCUACUUUCCGGCAUAUUGGGGAUGACACUACUCGCCUGGAGAUCUGGAUUCAUCCAUCACAUUCUCGGUCCUCCCAGGGCACAGAGUCUGGGAAGGAUUCUGAGCAGGAGAAUGGUCUGGGCAGCCUGAGUCCCAGUGAUCUGAACAAAAGGUUCAUCCUCAGUUUUCUCCAUGCCCAUGGGAAGCUGUUUACCCGGAUUGGGAUGGAGACAUUCCCUGCAGUGGCUGAGAAGGUCCUUAAGGAGUUCCAAGUAUUACUACAGCAUAGCCCAUCUCCUAUUGGAAGUACCCGUAUGCUGCAGCUUAUGACCAUCAACAUGUUUGCUGUGCAUAACUCCCAGUUGAAAGACUGCUUCUCAGAGGAGUGUCGUUCUGUGAUCCAGGAACAAGCUGCAUCCUUGGGCUUGGCAAUGUUUUCUCUACUGGUCCAGCGCUGCACAUGCUUACUUAAGGACUCUGCCAAAGCUCAGCUGUCCUCUCUUGAGGACCAAGAGGACCAAGAUGACAUCAAGGUAUCUUCCUUUGUCCCGGACCUGAAGGAGCUGCUUCCCAGUGUGAAAGUCUGGUCAGAUUGGAUGCUUGGCUACCCAGACACCUGGAAUCCUCCACCCACAUCUUUGGAUCUGCCCUUGCAGGUUGCUGUGGAUGUGUGGUCAACACUAGCUGAUUUUUGUAACAUACUGACUGCAGUGAAUCAGUCUGAGGUGCCACUGUACAAGGACCCGGAUGAUGACCUCACCCUGCUUAUCCUGGAAGAGGAUCGGCUUCUCUCUGGCUUUGUCCCCUUGUUGGCUGCCCCUCAGGACCCCUGCUACGUGGAGAAAACCUCGGAUAAGGUUAUUGCAGCUGACUGCAAAAGGGUCACAGUGCUGAAGUAUUUUCUGGAAGCCCUUUGUGGACAAGAAGAGCCUCUGCUGGCAUUCAAGGGUGGAAAAUAUGUGUCAGUGGCACCCGUCCCAGACACCAUGGGAAAGGAAAUGGGAAGCCAAGAGGGAAAACAACUGGAAGAUGAGGAAGAAGAUGUGGUGAUUGAAGACUUUGAGGAAGAUUCAGAGGCUGAAGGCAGUGGGGGUGAGGAUGACAUCAGGGAACUUCGAGCCAAGAAGCUGGCUCUAGCAAGGAAGAUAGCCGAGCAGCAGCGUCGCCAAGAAAAGAUCCAGGCUGUUUUGGAAGACCAGAGUCAGAUGAGGCAGAUGGAGCUGGAGAUCAGACCCUUGUUCCUCGUACCAGAUACCAACGGCUUCAUUGACCACCUGGCCAGUCUGGCUCGGCUGCUGGAGAGCAGGAAGUACAUCCUGGUGGUGCCCCUCAUCGUGAUCAAUGAGCUGGAUGGCCUCGCCAAAGGGCAGGAGACAGACCACCGGGCUGGGGGCUAUGCCCGUGUGGUGCAAGAAAAGGCCCGAAAAUCCAUUGAGUUCCUCGAACGGAGAUUUGAGAGUCGGGACUCCUGCCUACGGGCCUUGACCAGCCGUGGCAAUGAACUUGAAUCUAUCGCCUUCAGAAGUGAGGACAUUACUGGACAGCUGGGUAACAACGAUGACCUGAUCCUCUCCUGCUGCCUGCACUACUGCAAAGACAAGGCUAAGGAUUACAUGCCCACCAGCAAAGAGGAGCCAAUCCGCCUGCUACGGGAAGUGGUGUUGCUGACGGAUGAUCGGAACCUUCGAGUAAAGGCACUGACAAGAAAUGUGCCUGUGAGGGACAUCCCAGCCUUCCUUACGUGGGCCCAGGUGGGCUGAGGGGGCCACACUGGGGCCCACCCCCAUGGAACCAUUCCUGAGAGGCCACCAGACGCCCAGUAUAACACGGAAGAUGUCCACGUGCCUGAGCUACCAAUCCACCCAGACAAUAAACCAUCCUCUUCCAACC